AUGGCAAAGCGGACAGGUGACACUCUGCUCGCACAUGAAGCACAACAUGCCCAAAUUUGUGCGGGACUCACUAAGAUAGAUCUCAAAUCUUAUAUGGAUUCCUCAGAUUGGUUCGAUAAAAAUGACAACUUGUCUACAGUAAAUUUGUACAGAGUUAUUGAAUUCCUUCAGUUUAACUUGUCAUCAAAUGAAUCCUUAUGCACAAAAGCCCAAAAGAAAGAGUUUAAAAAUGGGACUAAACUUGUAGAAUACGUAGAAGAAAUUGCGGAACCCAAGGAAAAUAUUCCUAGGGCGAUGUCAGUAGCACCAGUCACCAGCUUCAAGGAACAACCACAGUCUGUCAUGGGAACCAAACCCAAAAAGAAACUUUUUUGCAAAGUCUGCAAACGUUAUGCCAAGUUAGCAUCACAACUCACAAAACUCCUCACAAAGGAUGUGGAGUUUACAUGGAAUAAAGAACAAGAGGACAGUUUUAAUGCCCUCAAGAGCGCUUUAACGAAAGCUCCAGUGUUAGCCUUUCCGGAAUACAUGAAACCAUUUACCAUGCUUCGGGCCUAG